AUGAUACUCAUUUUUGCAGAAGCGGAUGCACCCCAGCCUAUGCCGCGACCUUUCUACCUCCCUGACCAGGAGGCGGCAAAGGCUUGGCUCAACGUCCAUGCACCUGCGCCCGAGGAGGGCUCACCAGGGAGCCGCAGCGACCCCCGGAGUGAUGAGGCCGAGGGAGCCGAGGAUCGACCGGCAGAUGCCAAAGAGGAACUCGUCGAGGAUGCAGCAGAUCAGCCUGUGGGAAACACGCAGGAGCAUGCAGAUGAGGCAGCAGAGCCUUCGGAAGCAGAUCUGGCAGAAGAAGCAUCCGAGGUCUGCGAAGAUGGAGCUGCAGAGGUACCCGCACAGAAGGAAGCCGCUGAAUCCCGGGAGGCUCCGGACAGUCCUGAUGCCGAGGCCGAACCCCUUCAGCCGAUCGAGCACAAAGACGAGGAUGAGCCGGAAGUAGCGCCGGCAGCGGAGCCGCUGGAGUCGACUGAGGUGCUGCCGGAGGAAGCAGAGGAAUCUGCAGAUGCUCGCCCAGAGGAGGACUCGCGACCUGAAAGUGCAGCCGAAGCAGAGCCUGCAAGCGAUCCUGCCGAACAAUCUGCGGAUCCCGACAAGGAGGAAGUCGCAGAGACGCCAGCACAACCUGCGGGCACCACGGCAGCGGACAACGAUGAAGCUGUUGAGGAGCCAGGUGCUGCUGAAGAUAGAUGA